AGGGGCGUAGCUGCCUAUACGCCAAAUACGCACGUGCGUACAAUUCGCUCAAGGAGACAAAAAAUUUAUUAUGCUAAAAAUGAUAUAAAAAACCAAAGGCUAAACCUGGUUAGGCACAAAAAAAUGAUUUAAAUGAAUAAAAAAAAUACAUUUUAUAUAUAUGUAAGAAAAAGUAAAAUUUUUGUUCAAUUAAAUCAUUGUAAUAUUCGUUCACUCCCUUAGUUUUCUAAAUAUAACACAGCUAACUCCCUGAUUGGCUACGCUCUGUGUAGCGAAGCAAAGGGGGACCACUCCGAAGAAAUUGUUGUCAGUGUAGCAACACCGAAAACAUCCGAAGUUUACGGCGCGGGAAUUUUCAAAAUGGCACAACCUGACUAUCGCGAUAUUUUUAAAAAUGAAGAACCAUUGACUCAUGAUGAGAAGCUUGCUCUUCUUACGCCUAGCUGGAAUCCGGACAAUUUCUCUUUCCCUCAAAAGUAGGUCUGACUGUCUAAGGUUUUGAAUUGAUCAAAUUCAUGUUUUAAAAAUACAUAAGAUGAAGAUCUUCAAUUUUUAUUACAGUAAAGUUCUAAUCUAUAAUCAAAUAUUGUAAGCUCAAGCAAGCUGAUACAGAUGUAUAUUCUGUGGAUCCCUUUUAAUAUCUGUAGUCUAUAUUUUUAAUUUUAAGAAUGCCUGAAUAUAAUGAAUAUUGUUGACGUAAACAUAAUACUAGAUCUAUAUAAAGAUAUUAAUAUCUUUGUAAAUAUAGUAUAAUGUUUACGUCAACAAUAUGACGUAAACAUAAUGGACUGAGCUGGAGCGUACUCAGUAGUUAGAUCUAAUAUGAUUUGCCUGAGAAUGAUAAUUUAAUACUAGAUUUCUAACUGAGGGUCUAAUGAUAUCGCUAUACUAGAUCUAAAUUGCGGCUAAAUUAUCAUUAAAAAUAAACUGUUCCCAAUAAUAUGUGAUGUUAUCUUGUCACUAUUAUGGAUGACAAUCUUAUCUUACUUUGUAGAUAUAAUAUAAUUUCAUAUAUUUUGAACUUUUAAUCGUAUAAAUUUGACGGUCUAAUUUCAUUUUGAUUAACCAUGCACGUACAUUAUUCAUACGUGUAUCAUAAUUUGCUGAACGAGAUUUCAUCAAAUUCAAGUGAAAAUCAUGCAAGAGUUUAAGUGUUCAUUAAAUUUUUUUAUACUUUUUUUACAGUUACAUCUGUGGGAAGUUUCGACGAGCGCAAGCAUCCUGGUUUAAGCAGUAUAAGUGGUUGCGAUAUUCUAUCUCCAAGGAUGGUGUUUUCUGCGCACAAUGCUCUCUUUUUGCAGGGUCGGAUAACAGGGGCAAUACCCUUAUAAAGUCUCCUCUAUCUGACUACAGUAAUGCUGCUAAAAUUCUCAACAAACACGAUAAAAGUUUCAGUCAUUUAGAUAAAGCAGUUGCUGCUGACAACUUCCUCGCUAUCUCACGCGGGAAUAAGUGUGAUAUUGAAUGUUCCAUAUCCACCAGCUACAACCAACUUGUUGAGAAAAACCGACAGAUUCUUAUCGGCAUUGUUGACACAAUAGUAUUCUGUGGCAGACAGAAUAUUGCAUUAAGAGGCCACAACGACGAAAGUGGUAACUUUCAAGCUUUAUUAAGACUUCAAGCAAAGAACAAUGCUAUUUUGAAGAAACACUUGGAAUGUGGCGACCCUCGCACGCUUUACACAUCUCCAAGUAUUCAAAAUGAGCUCAUUUCUAUCGCAGGAGAACAGAUCUCUUCAGAUUUAGUAGCUGCAUGCAAUAAAGCUGGGAUGUUUGGGUUCAUUGCUGACGAAGCAACGGAUGCAUCAACAAUGGAGCAGAUGGCAUUGUGCGUGAGAUUUGUGGACGACAACCUUGUUCGUGAGGAAUUUUUAGGUUUCUCAGAGACUUCCAGCACUACCGGCGAGGCACUCUCAACUGCAUUCCUACACAGGCUUGAACAAUUAGGUAUCGACAUUAAUAACAUGAAGGGGCAAGGUUAUGAUGGCGCCUCGAACAUGUCCGGGGCGUAUAAAGGUGUACAGGCACGUAUCCGUGAACGCAUCCCAGAUGCCGUAUACUCGCAUUGUAAGGCACACUGUCUUAAUCUUGCAAUAGUGCAUUCUUGCAAGGUGGGUUUCGUUCGCAACAUGAUGGACGUAGUUCAGACAAUUGCAUUUGCAUUCAGUUAUUCAGCGAAGCGUUUGGCCCAGUAUAAGCAGACAUUGGAGGGAGACCCUGAAAGUCUUGAGCAGAUGCAGGAGCGACGCCAUCUGCAAAACCUAUGUGAGACCCGAUGGGCAGCGAGAGCCGAUGCAUUGACAACGUUCCUUGCUUCGUUUAGGACAGUUGUUACAGCAUUGCAGACGCUAUCAGACAAUGGCGAUAGUAAAGCUACUGGUCACUGUCUGUCUAUACAGCAGUUUGGAUUUAUUAUCACACUGGUGGCAUCGCAGCACGUUCUGGAGGCGCUAGUACCUUUGUCCCUUACACUGCAGAAAAAAGACUGCGAUCUCGUGCGGGCCCUCACAGACACCAAAGUUGUCGUUAAAACAUUGCAGAAUGAGCGAGCUGAUGAUGCAGUAUGGGAUGCCCUGUUUGAGAAAGCUGAGAACGUGGCUUUAGGAGUUGACGUCCAACCCAGCAUGGCACGCAACGUUGGCCGCCAGCAACACCGUGCAAAUGCCCCAUCAAUAACAGUCUCUGAGUUCUGGAGGGUAAACAUGUAUUACCCAUUCAUUGACCACUUGUUAACAGAACUUAAUGACAGGAUCCUGCAAUGUGGAGAUAGGUUCGAGGCACAAUGGUUGAUUCCUGCACAGGUAGAAAAGUAUGGGCUGACAGAUGACCGAUGCUUGAGAAUCUACAGAGCUUUGCAGUCUUCUCUCAACGUAGAUGAAAUGACGUUUUUGAGAGAAUGUCACAGAUGGCGGACUUGGUGGUGUGAUAUCGGACUUGCAGACAGCCGUCCUCAAUCCCCGGAUCACAUUGCGGCAACGCUUGUUUUAGCGUCAGAGGAUUCUUAUCCAAUUAUUCGCAAAUGCUUGAUUCUGCUUGCAGUUGUUCCUGUAUCAACAUCUACGGCAGAACGAUCAUUUUCUACGAUGCGCCGGGUAAAGACUUACUUACGAAGCACCAUGGGGACAGAACGGAUGAGUGGCCUGGGCUUAAUGAACAUUUAUCGAGAGCGGGAGUUAGACAUUGAAAGAAUAGUAAACACUUUUGCUAAUAGGAAACCACGUCGUCUUGCUUUACUUUUUAAGGUGUAAAACGAAAAUUAGGCAAAACAGCAACUAUUAAUUGUUUUGCCUUUAGGAAAAUGGUAACUUUUUCCUGCGAUUAAUGAAAACCAGUUCAUUUUCUUUAUGAAUUUAAUGGAUAAAAGAUGAUCAACUCACGUUGACUGUAUUUCAUUUGUCAAAUCUUGAAAAGUGAUGAUUUUGUGUAGAUGAUUAAAUACAUUUCUUGAAAUAUUUUGACUUAAUUUUUCAUUUUAUCGACACUAAUUUGAUAUAAAAAUUCGAAAUCUAAGCAUCUCUGAAUGGCAAAAUUCGUCCGGUUUCCGGGGGCUUCGCCCCCUGGUCCCCCAUCAGGGCUCUGCCCUGAACCCGCAAGGGGCCCUUCGCGGCCCCCUUGACCCCCAGCGUAUCGUGCGUACCUUUCAUUUCCGUCCAGCUACGCCCC